AAAACCUUCAACCAUCAUCAUCAACGCGCUGGCUGGUGCGGGGUCACGAACUAUGACCUUUAACAGAAGACGAAAACCAAAGCUAAUAUUUUAUAAAAUAGCAGAGAGCGCCAAAUGUGAGAUGACCGCCGCUCGGAGACCUCACUAAUGACCUUACAUCAUCAUGACGGCCAACCUGAAUCUGCUCGCUCAGCAGAAAGUGGACUCUGAGCACGAGGCAGAGGCGUCAUCCUCUCCAUCAGACUCAGUGAUGAGUGAGUCACCACAGCGCUUUCAGGUCAUUUCCGCUGAGCCUGCCACAACACCACAGCGAAUACAGAUUGUAACUGACCAGCAGACAGGUCAGAAGAUCCAGAUAGUGACAGCGAUGAACCCGUCCAGUGCGCCCAAACAGCAGUUCAUUCUGACUACGGCGGAGAGCUCGGGGGCAGGCAAGGUCAUCCUGGCCUCACCAGAUAGCCACAACACUAAGCAGCUCAUUUUUACUGCUGCAGACAGCCUGAUGCCUGGAAGGAUACAGAUUGUCACAGAUCCAGUGUCAAUGGAGCGGUUGCUAGGGCAGUCAGGUGAUUUGAGCCGGCCACAACCGGUGGAGUACUGCGUGGUUUGUGGAGACAAGGCUUCAGGGCGUCACUACGGAGCGGUCAGCUGUGAGGGAUGUAAAGGCUUUUUCAAACGGAGCGUGAGGAAGAACCUGACCUAUAGCUGCCGCAGUAAACAGGACUGUGUCAUCAAUAAACACCACCGCAAUCGCUGCCAGUUCUGCCGGUUGAGGAAAUGCCUUAAGAUGGGGAUGAAGACUGAGUCUGUACAGAGUGAGAGAAAGCCCAUCGACGUCGUGCCCAGAGAGAAGCAUGCCAACUGUGCUGCCUCCACCCAAAAGAUCUACAUUCGCAAGGACCUUAACAGCCCGCUCAUCGCCACGCCAACCUUUAUCUCUGAUGCAGAGACAGAUGGAUCUAGAUCCAGCCUGCUGGACCAGGGGAUGCUGGUUAAUAUCCAGCAGCCUGUCAUGCAGAGUGAUGGGACUUUACUGCUGGCCACUGACUCAAAGAUGGAGUCUGGACAGGGAGACUUGGGGACACUAGCCAAUGUGGUGACAUCACUGGCAAACCUGAGUGACUCGCUAAAGGAGAACUUGAACAAUGGCGAUACCUCAGACAGCCAACACGAGGAGCAAUCUGCCAGCGAGAUAACACGUGCCUUUGACACCCUGGCCAAAGUCUUCAACCCGCCUGAAGUCGGGGUUGGGCAGAGUCUGGCAGAUAAGCUGCAGUGUGUGAGUGGAACAACCAUCCAGCUGAUCGGUCGAGACCAAGAGACUCCAAUCAUUGAGGUGGAGGGACCACUGCUCACAGACAGCCAUGUCAGCUUCAAGCUGACCAUGCCUAGCCCAAUGCCCGAGUACCUGAAUGUACACUACAUCUGUGAGUCAGCAUCCAGACUUCUCUUCCUCUCCAUGCACUGGGCACGCUCCAUCCCUGCCUUCUCAGCUCUUGGUCAGGAGGCUAACACCAGUCUGGUGCGAGCCUGCUGGAAUGAGCUGUUCACUCUGGGUCUUGCUCAGUGUGCUCAUGUGAUGAACCUGUCGACCAUCCUCGCUGCCAUCAUCAACCACCUUCAAAGCAGCAUCCAGGAUGACAAGCUGUCAGGUGAUAGGGUGAAACAGGUGAUGGAGCACAUCUGGAAGUUUCAAGAGUUCUGCAACAGCAUGACGAAGUUGGAGACUGACAGCUACGAAUAUGCCUACCUGAAGGCCAUAGUGUUGUUCAGUCCUGAUCAUCCAGGUGUGGACAGCAGCGGGCAGAUUGAGAAGUUCCAGGGGAAAGCCCUGAUGGAGCUGCAGGACUACGUGCAGAAAACAUAUCCAGAUGACACCUACAGGUUGACCCGCAUCCUGACUCGUCUCCCGGCGCUGCGCCUCAUGAACUCAAACAUCACAGAGGAGCUCUUCUUCACCGGCUUAAUAGGUAACGUCUCUAUUGAUAGCAUCAUUCCCUACAUCCUCAAGAUGGAGACGGCUGAGUAUAACAGCCAGGACUCUGACCCUACAGAAUGACACCCCGUCACUCCAGCACCCAGCACUGUUGAUUUUAAAAAUUCUUGAGUCUCCGCAGAGGGUACUCUCUUUGUCUCUUGAACCCAAAU